CAGGUGUAAGUAGUGGUAAUCUGGAAUGUACUUUUUUAAAACUGUCUCUCCAUCUUAUAUGAAUCAUCUCUUGAGUCUCAGGUUAGAACUUGCUGCUGCUCAUUGUUCAUAGGACAUCCAAUCAAUUAAUAAGCUUGAGUUAUGGCGGACUCCAAUCAUUGUAACUCAACAGCCAUAAGUAUUGAAGAUCGGAAUGUAGAGGGGGAAUCUGGUAAUGAAGGUGGAGCAGCCAAAAAGGGAAGAUCAAAAUGGGCAACAAUAGAGUCAGCAAUAUUAUUCCUUCCAAAGUGGGCAACAAUAGAGUCAGCAAUAUUAUUCCUUCCAAAGUGGGAGACAGUAUUUGCGGUAUCAUGUACACUUGCUGUCUUCCUUGAUCCUGUGUACCCUUACAUUCCUGUCAUGAAGGAGGGGGAUAACAUGUGCUACUAUUGGGACGAAAUCUUGAUGUGGGAAUUUUUUGGUUUAAGAUCAGCCCUAGACCUCUUUUAUGCAAUGGACAUUGUCAUCUUCUGGCGUCAGCGGAAUGGUAAUAAUGCUAAGGCAUUUCGGGCCUCCUCAGAAAAAAGGGAAACAACAGUUAAGGGAACCAUCCUUAAGCUGUUACCCUUUCUACCUCGUGCGUAUGUUGCUCUUCCCUUUCCGCAGGCAAUAAUCAUUGCUGGACGAUAUUCAAGCUUUAAUAGUUCUUUUCUUCUAAUGUUCUUCGCUCCUAUCCAAUAUAUACUACGGGUUUAUCGCACGUACGGACUUCUCAAGCGGUGUCCUGACAUAGAAACUGGAAUAGGAAGAUGGCUUAAAGCAAUAUUGGAUUUUCUUCCCUUCGUGCUUGCUGCUCAUCUAUUCGGAGCCUUGUGGUACAAUCUUUCUCUUCAACGAGAGCUGGAUUGUUGGACGCUUGCCUGUCGAGACAAAGAGGUGGGAUGUGAUAUUUCUGAAACAGGUUAUUAUUUCUACUGUGGUACCGCCGAUGAGAUGGCCACGAAUCUCAAUACCACGCAUAUAAUCGCAUCAUGCCCUUUAAAUCCACCAGAUCCAACCAUCUUCGAUUUUGGUAUAUUUCUCUACGGUAUUCAGUCUAACAUGACAAGGUCAACGGAUCUUCCACCAAAGUUGUUUCAAUGUUUUUGGUGGGGGUUACGAAAUCUGAGUUCUAUUGGUUCAAACCUCCCGACCAGUAUCUAUAUGGUGGAAAUCUGUUUUACGAUUUUGGUAUCUAUAAGUGGCAUAGUCCUAUUCUUAAUAUAUCUCAAUACGAGGGUACAGAUGUCACAACAAAGAUCAGAUCAGCAUAAAUUAUUGAUUCGAAAGAAACAGAUGAUGGAUCCAGAUAUAAACGCAUGGUUGUAUAAAAUCGGCCUUUAUAAUAAGAAUUUGCAGAUGCGCAUCAUGAAAAACGUACACCAAAAACUUGAAGAAAACAAAGAAGUUGAUACGGAGAAUAUUCUCUCUCUUCUUCCCAUUAUACACCAAAGAUGUAUCAUGUGCCUUCUCAGCUGGAAAUCACUUAAAAGAGUGCCAAUGCUGGAAAAUAUGAAUAAAAAUGUGUUGAAAGAAAUAUGUGAGCAUCUUAAGAUAGUGAAGUACAGUGAAGACAACUAUAUUGUUCGAGAGGGAGAACCACUUGAUAAAAUGCUCUUCAUCACCCAAGGCACCGCAUGGUCAUACCCAACCAGCGCAACUGGUUCCUCAGCAAUUAAGUGUCUUGUGGAAGGUGAUUUCUAUGGAGAAGAGCUUCUAAAUUGGGCAUCAAAAUUGAACUCUUUUUCUGAAUUUCCCUACUCAACCAGAAUUGUCAAGGCUCAUACGAAAGUUGAAGCAUUUGCCAUCAAAGCCAACAGCUUGAACAUUGUUGUAUCCAAAUUUUGGUGGCAUUUUAGCAAGAGGCUUGAUCACAUAGAGGACUCUCAGUUGGAGAGGUGGCAAAGUUUGGCAGCUUCUUCCAUGCAAGCAAAAUGGCGCCGCCGCAUGCAAGGCCGAGCUAUGGGCGUACCUGGGAAAAAAAAUAUUAGCCUAAAAAGUAUCUUAUGUUGUAUCAACGUCAAAAACACAUAUGAUCUCAUGCUAUGAAUUUCAUUAUGACCAGUCACAGAAAGUAAGUUCAUGGAUGAUCGAUAUAAGAAUGUAUAUUCUACUUUUAAUUUUGCUUUUGGUAUGUGAUUUUACAUGCAUUUCUUUGGAAAUCAUAUGCUUCAAAAAGUUAAAUGUGUU